AUGUGGUUUGUAGGCAUUUUGUUAUUAGGAGCACUUGCUCCAAGUCUGGCUUUAGAAAAUGGCUUGGCUAGGACACCUCCAAUGGGCUGGUUGGCUUGGGAAAGAUUCAGAUGUAAUACCGAUUGCGAAAAUGAUCCAGAUAACUGUAUCAGCGAGCGUCUGUUCAAAAGACAGGCAGAAAUGAUGGUAUCCGAAGGAUAUGCUGAUUUUGGAUACGAAUAUAUCAUCAUCGAUGAUUGUUGGUCAGAAAAAGAACGUGAACCAAAUGGUGAACUUCUUGCUGACAAGAAGCGAUUCCCCAGUGGAAUUGGAAAUUUGUCAGAUUAUGUACACUCAUUGGGACUUAAGUUCGGUAUUUACCAGGAUUAUGGAACAAAAACUUGUGCUGGAUAUCCUGGAUUGAUCGAUCACAUGAAAAUAGAUGCUGAUACAUAUGCAAAAUGGAAGAUCGACUACGUCAAAUUAGAUGGAUGCAAUUCCUCGCCAUCAGAUAUGGACAAAGGUUAUCCUGAGUUUGGAAAACAUUUAAAUGCAACCGGCAGAAAAAUGGUCUACUCUUGCAGUUGGCCAGUAUACCAAUCAUUGAAUGGAAUCAAGCCAAACUUUACAUUAAUCGCUGAAAAUUGUAACUUGUGGAGAAAUUGGUACGAUAUUCAAGACAGCUGGAGUUCCGUAUCAACAAUUGUCGAUUACUUUGGAGGUAAUCCAGACAACCUUGUUGCUAACGCUGGACCUGGUCAUUGGAACGAUCCUGAUAUGUUGAUCAUUGGUAACUACGGAUUAAGUUUUGAACAAAGUAAAACCCAAAUGGCAUUAUGGGCAAUUAUGGCUGCACCUUUGCUAAUGUCUCAUGAUAUGAGAGAUACCAGUGCUGAAGCUAAAGCUAUUUUGCAAAAUGCUCAAGUUAUUGCCGUCAAUCAAGAUCCUUUAGGAAUCCAAGGAAAUAAAAUCUCUAAUAGUAGUAAAAUUGAAAUCUGGACAAGACCCAUUACACCAGUGGAAAAAGAAUUUUAUUCAUAUGCCAUUGCAUUUACAAGUCGUAGAGAUGAUGGUACACCAUUCAAAGUGACAACGACUCUUAAAGAAUUAGGUCUGAGUGCACCAGGAGGUUACCACGUUAAGGACUUAUUCGAUAAAACAAACUAUGGAGUUUUGCACUCAGAAGACAAAAUUGAAGUUCACGUUAACCCAUUAGGUGUUGUAUUCUUGAGAGCAAAUGUACUACAAUAA